AUGUUUAUAUUAGCGGAUGCUGCUAAUGUUGGUGAUUAAAUUACUUGUAAUAAAGGUGCAUAAUCAUGCGAUCUAUGUGCUUAAGGCUCAGCUGCAAUUUUAAAUCUUUUUUAACUUACUGGUUCUUAUUGUUAGGUUAAAGAUUGUUCUAAAAGCUCUGUUGGAAAUAACUUAAAUGGCUCAGUUUGUGCCUCUUGUUAAGCUACAGCAACUGAUAUUACUCCACUAGGUCCUUACUUUGAUGGUACUUAGUGCGUUUAAGAAUGUAGUCCAGGUUUGUAUGCAAGUGAUCUAAAUGGUUUUAAUUGUUAAGUUGCAAAUCCAGGCUAGCCAGUUAAUUGCUCUAUGAGCUAAAGUUGCUAUGAAUGUGGUUUAAAUAAUUUCACUAUAAAUUAAUUUAAUUUCGACCAAAAUUCAAAAUUGUGCAAUGUCUUUGAUUGCUCUUCUAAUGCAGCAACUAUUUUGAAUGGUUGGGUUUGUAACUCUUGCAAAUCAGCUACAGGAACUGGUAAUAUUCCUAAAGGCUAAUAUUAUGAUGAUAUUAAUAAAACUUGUGCAGAUACCUGUCCUCCAGGUUAAUCAGCAAGUGAAGAUACAUAAUUUGUUUGUUCCCCUCCUCCUAAUCCUGGUACAGAGGUAGGGUGUUCUACAGACUAAUCAACUUGCAGCGGAUGCGGAGAUAAAAAUUAAUAUUUAAGAAUAUUUAAUUAUAAAUCUGGUAAUAAUUGCUCUGUGAAAGAUUGUCAUGCAGCUACUAUAGGACCUUUCCUGAAUGGUUGGGUAUGCAACUCUUGUAGUUAAGCUUCAGGAGAUGGAAAUAUUCCUAAAGGUUAAUAUUUUGAUGGUACUACUUGUGUAACAAAUUGUCCUGAUGGAUAUUCAGCAAGUGCUUCAACAGGCUAUACUUGUUAUAAAAACCCCAAACCGGUGGCAUGUUCUAAAGAUUCUUCUACUUGUGCAGGAUGUGGGGAUACUCCUAGUCUUUAAAAUCUAUUCACUUACUCAGGUGGAAAUACUUGUACAGUUAAAGAUUGCUCUUAAAAAGCAAUAGGCGCUACUUAAAAUGGUUGGAUAUGCUAAUCUUGUAGUGCUGCUACUGGUAUUAAUCUUAUUCCAUCUGGUUAAUACUAUGGUAAAUCAUGUAUUAGUAAUUGUGGUAAAGGAUAUUCAGUAAGUCAAGCUACUGGAUUUAACUGUAUAAAAUAAAAUCCAGGUUAAUUAGUUGCCUGCUCAAAUGAUAAUAAAACAUGUAAUGGAUGUGGGUCAACAAAUGAUAUUUAGAAAUUAUUUGCUAUUGGAAAAGGGUCCACUUGUGGUGUUAUUGAUUGCUCUUCUGUAAUAGUGGGUUCUAAUUUGAAUGGUUGGGUUUGCAACUCAUGUUCAACAGCUGUAGGAACAGGAAAUAUUAUUUCAGGUUAAUAUUACGAUGGAACAAAUUGUGUAACAACUUGCCCUAUCGGUUCAAAUGCAAGCAAGGAUACUGGUUUUGUGUGCUUAUACCCUCCUAGCCCAGGUGCUUCUGUUGCUUGCUCUAGUGACUCUUCAACUUGUGGAGGUUGUGGAACAACAAGUAGUAUUUAAGGCCUAUUCAAAUAUGGAACAGGGAAAAACUGCUCAGUUACAGAUUGUAAUUUGAUGAUAGUAGGGUCUAAUUUGAAUGGUUGGGUUUGUAAUUCUUGUAGUUAAAGUUCUGGAGUUCAUAAUAUCGCUAAAGGUUAAUAUUACAAUGGUAAGACUUGUGUAGAUAGCUGUCCUACUGGUUAAUAAGCAAGUAUAGCAACAGGUUAUGUUUGUUAAAAUAUUCCUAAUCCUGGUACACCUGUUACAUGCUCUAAUGAUUCUUCUACUUGUGGAGCUUGUGGUUCAACAAACACUAUAUCAACUUUAUUCACUCACGGAACUGGAAAUAAUUGUUAUGUAUCCGACUGUACUGCAUCAGUAGUAGGAUCUAAUCUAAAUGGUUGGGUUUGUAAUUCUUGCAGCUCAGCUACUGGAAGUGGAAAUAUUACUACAGGUUAAUUCUUUAAUGGUACAACCUGUGUAGCAAGUUGCCCUCCAGGAUAAUAAGCAAACUUAUCUACUGGAUGGGUUUGUUAACCUAUAAUAGCUAAUCCCGGAUCUGAUGUUACAUGCUCUAAUGAUUCUUAAACUUGUGCAGGUUGUGGAUUAACAAGCGAUAUUCAAAAAUUAUUCAUUCAUGGAACCUAAAACAAAUGUUCUGUUGUUGACUGCUCAGCUGCAGUGGUAGGGUCUAAUCUGAAUGGCUGGGUUUGUAACUCUUGCAGCACAGCUAAAGGGCAAAAUAAUAUAGCUACUGGCUAAUACUACAAUGGUACAACAUGUGUAGCAAGCUGUCUCAGUGGUUAAUCAGCAAGUGCAUCUACUGGAUAUGUGUGUAAAGCAGAUUCCAGCCCUGCUCCAGUAAAUAACAAUGCAUCCCAAUCAAGCAUAAUCUGUUAUGCUUUAGUAUUUGCAAUGUUAAAACUUUUAAUUUGA